GUCAAGCCUACGUCUCUCGCUCUCUACCACAACUACCUCGCUCGCCUGCCUGCCUCUUCGACGGCGGGUACUACCAUGAUCACUCGAAUAUCUACCUGUGUCCUACACUAAGUAUCUAUGUUCCGCGAACUCGAAUCGGAGAGCCCGCGCGUCCCCAGCCCUUGGGACCCCUUCCUGCCCUCCCCACCCUCGGGCUGCUCAGCGGACAGCCUCAAGCACAUCCACGACGGCGUCCCCAAGCUCGUACCAGAGGUCGAAGAGGGCAAUGUCGAGUACAAGCUCAAGCUCACCCACAUCUCUCCCGCUCGCUUCGCCCGGCUUGUCACGCAGCUGAAAUGGCGGCUCCUCGAGGGCGGCGGCCAGGCCUACUACGAACUGGGCGUCGCCGACAGCGGCGCCCUCAUCGGUCUUUCCCGCACCGACCUGGAAGCCUCCCUCGAGACCCUCGAUCGCAUGGCCGGCGAGAUAGGCGCGUCCGUUAUCGUGGUCAAAGAAAUCGAGGUGCCGCCCGCCAUGUACUCCCUUGCAGAGGAAGCCUCCCGCUACAUCGACCCUCAUACGGGUGAAUGGGCGGGCCGCAUGCACCCUCGCCGCCGCGGAAAUGCUCUCGCUGGGACAGACGACGACACGACUGCGACGGAGACAACUGAGACGGAGACCGAGCUCGACACAACGGACAUGGACGAUGACGACGGCAGCCCAAGCGCAUUCAUCUCCGAGCUCGCCACCCCCGCAGACUCCUCGCGCGCGUCGCCCAUGCCCCUCCCCGCGAGCUUCGCCCACCGCCUCAGCACGCAUCCCAACCGGCCGUCGCCGCAGUCCUCGCCGUACAUCGCACCCUUCGACGACGACCUGGCCAUGUUUUCCAUGGAGCCCGAGCCGCCGCACCUGGAUAUCGACACGGCCGAGGAUACCUCUGCAGCUGCCGUGCUUACCCCGAUGUCGUUCGUCGUCGAUCUGGAGAUCGCCUCUGUGUACAAGCCGCGGCCAUUCAGACGCCCGGAGCCUGUGCCCGCACGUUCUGGCUCGAUGACGCUGCACGGACGGGCGGGGCGACGCGCCAAGUACAGAGAGAAGGAGGUUGGCAAGGAGAAGAAGGUGCACCCGUGGCAGACGGGUGGUACUGUUCCUGCGUCGCGCAAAGGAAGCAGCGGUGCCGAUACGGGGAACGGUGCGAGCGCGAACAUCGUGAUCCCGAACAAUGAAGAGACGAAGGCUGCACUCCGGAGGCAGGCGCGCGAGCGGAGACGCGAGGAGAAGCGGCGGGCACUGCUUGUGGCGAGCGGUCUCGCAUCCUCGAUUGGUGUGAAGCCGACUCUGCCAGUCGAAGAGGAUGAUUCGGCCAUUUCUCCGUCCGUCUCUCCUGGUGAGCAUGAUGACUCGACGGCAGAGCGCCAAUCAGCAGCGGUGGACACGGUGACGGAAGACCUCGUCUCGGGAUUGGUAUCUCUCCACGUCGGCAUAGACACAUGUGCUCCAGCAGCCGGCGACCUGGCUACCUCCGUUCCCGCCGUCAAAGCUGAGAGCCUCGACACGGCGAAGGAAGUAGCCGUCGCGCCCGCUGUCGCCGCGGUUGUCCGCACGGGAGAGCCCCGUCUGAUUGUAGAGGCGCUCGUCGUGCGCAAGCAAUCGCUCGAGGAGACGUUUAUGAACUUUGGCGGGUUCCAGGUAGUGUGAAUCUUGGAAUUGCGCAUGGACAACGUGUUCUCGGGCCGCCGAGCACUGAUAGGCAUUGAUAUUGGAUAUUUAUGCUCGCCCGUUGCAGGCUGUAUGACUAGUCCGUGGUUCUCUGUACAUGUAUUUUUGUUCUCCUCUUGGGACUGAUGUAUACGUUCCUCUCGAGGGCCUUCGGCCAUCCAUCCAG